AAAGGUGAACUAUUUCUUUAUGUUUAACAACGGCAAAGGUAUACGGGCUUUUAUUUUGAUAGCGUCAUAGCAACCGUAGCCAAGUAGGGAGGCGCAACGGGCGCAACACAGUAGAAGCAAACGGAAAUCUAUUAGAAGUGAAGACGGAGCAAAGGAUAGGCUAUUAGCAGUUCACGGAGAAGAAGACAAAGAAAGUUUGAAGAAUACUUCUGUAUAGCUUCAGUUGAUAAGGGGAACAAGCUCUUACGUUGGUUGGUUGAUGAUACGGACGGCUCAAUAAAUCAUCAUUCACCAUCAGUUCCGGCCUUCUCGAUAUUGACUGAAUGCUACAGUAAGAGCUUGACCGCCCCCUCUUGCCGCACGGUGUGGUUUCAAGGUUCAACGGCAGUACCCGCAACGUCCAGCAGAGGGCAGAAGUUGGUCAGGAAUUGAAACGGAUCAAGGCAAAGUAAAAUGGAAGACUUACAGGCUGCAACAGUAAGUCAAAGGGCCCUAACUGAACAGAUGACAACUCUGCAAAGGGAAAUUCAAGACCUAAAGGACUCACUUCAGGAUGAAAGUAAUGCGAGACAGGACAUUAAAGAUUCAAUCAAAUGCAAAGAACAAAUGAUAAGUGAACUUCAAGAUAAAAUUCAAAACACGUCAGAUCUGCCAAGACGCUCUGAAAGAGUUAAAGUACAAACAGAAAAAAUGAUAAUAUAUCUACGGGAAGAAAUGAUCAAAAAGGAAAAAAGAAUGCUUGUCCUUUAUGAGCAAUGGAAAGCACAGGCACGUGAAAAAAGAGAAAAAUUAAAGGAAGAUAUAACAGUGAAGGAGAUGUCAGAACUUGCUGACAUAAUAGAAGAAAGGAGAGAUGAUAUAUUAAAGUUAUAUUCAGAAAAUAGAACCCAAAUGGCACCAUCAUCUGACGUAAGGAGAAAGAUCGAUGCAUGUGAAGCAGUAACUAAGGAGAUCAUAGGGAUAAUUCUGGAAAGAAUAAGUGGUGUUGAUGGAGAUUUUGAUGCAGAUCGUGAAAAAGCUCGUUUACGUGAACUUUUAGAGCAUGAAUACGCCAUUUCCAUAUAUGGAUCAACUGCAGCAUCAAAUCGCAGCCAGCGAUCCUCAGCUUCCCAUCUUACAGCAAAACGAGCUGAAGCAGCAGCAGAACUAGCAGCAAAGGAGGUUGAGUAUGAGGUCGCGCUGGAGGAACAAAGACAACAAGAAAAAAUAAGGGCUCUAGAGGAAGAGCAUAAAAAACAGGUGGCAGUUCAAAAUGCAGAGUUAGAACGCCUGAGAGCACAAAGGGAUGUGAAAGCAGCUCGAGCCAGAUUUGAAGCAUAUGACAGGCAUUUACUACAAGUGGGUGAUGUACAGUCAAUUACAGAUGAAAAGGUGAGCCCAAACAUCACACCUAAACAGCCGUUACCAGCAGUCUCCUUUGGUUCUGUGCAGACAGCCCCCCCUACUGUUACUGAGUUGGCACCAGCAGUGCAGGAAGCUCCCUCCAGUGUUACCCAGCUAGCACAGGCAGUUCAAGACAGCAUAAGAUUAAACAAACUUCCUACGCCAGAACCAACAGUUUUUAGUGGCGACCCAAUGCAUUUCAUUGAAUGGAAAUCCACAUUUACAUCACUGAUUGAUCAAAGGGGCAUCUCAGCAGCAGAUAAACUGUACUAUUUGAAGAGAUAUGUAACAGGGUCAGCUCGCAAAUGCAUUGAAGGGACUUUCUUUAGGAGUGAUGAAGCCGCAUAUAAGGAUGCUUGGGACAAGUUAAACCAAAGAUACGGCCAGCCCUUUAUUAUACAGAAAUCAUUCAGAGAGAAGCUAUCAAACUGGCCAAAGGUGCAGUCCAGAGAUGCUGAUGGAUUAAGAACUUUUGCGGACUUCCUAAAUGCAUGCAUGCUCGCUAUGCCUCAUGUAAAGGGUUUGCAAAUACUUAACGACUGCGAGGAAAAUCAAAAACUACUGCACAAACUACCAGAUUGGAUAAAUGCAAGAUGGAACAGACAGGUAACAAAGACUUUAAUGGAAGGUGGUGAGUUUCCAAGUUUUAGUGACUUUGCAUCCUUUCUCUCUGUUGAAGCUGAAGUUGCAUGUAACCCAUUCACCUCCAUUCAUGCCCUUCGUUACUCUGAAACUAACAGCGACAAAGGAAACACAAGAGAACGAAAAGGGAACAAAGCAAGUGUUUUUAAGACAAAUUCAACGGAACAAAGUAACACACAGUCAAUAAUAAUAACAUCAAAGGAUUUUUCAUGUGUUCUGUGUCAGAUUGAACAUCCACUCCACAAGUGUCCAGACUUCUUAAAACUGUCUCUAGAAAACAGAAGAAAGUUUGUGAAGGAGAAUAAACUUUGUUAUGGUUGUCUAAAACAAGGUCACAAUGCCAAAGACUGCAAACACCGCUUCAGUUGUGACACCUGCUCAAAGAGGCAUCCUACCUGUCUUCAUGACGACAAUUAUUGGAACAGCCUACAAAAGGAGACACAUGUGAGUGUAAAUAAUGGAACUCAAGUUAACUCACCUGCAGCAGCGACGGCUAUGUCACUCAAUGUUACCAGACCUGAACACACAAUCAGCACAUCAAUGAUAGUUCCAGUGUGGCUGUCAACUGCCAACAACCCACUCAAAGAAAAACUGGUUUAUGCGCUAUUAGACACGCAGAGUGAUGCUGUCUUCAUUGAUCAGGAUGUAACACAUGAGCUGCAGGCAGAUGUUUGCCCAGUAAAGCUAAAACUGACUACCAUGAUGGGAAAAAAUGCAGUUGUAAGCAGUGAAAGGGUGUCUGAUCUCUUGGUGAGAGGCUAUAACUCAGCCACAGUCAUAAAGCUUCCUACGGCAUAUUCAAAGGACUGCAUCCCUGCUAACAGAGAACACAUACCCACAUGUGAAACAGCCAAACAGUGGAGUCACUUGCUGCCCAUUGCAGAUGAAAUCCCUCCACUUCUCAGUUGUGAGAUAAGUCUCCUCAUAGGUUAUACUUGUCCUAGAGCUCUAGCACCUAAACAAGUAAUCUUAGGAAAAGAUAAUGAACCUUAUGCUCUUCGGACUGAUUUGGGAUGGAGCAUUGUUGGCAACUCAGACCCCGAAGAGAAAACAGACAUGACAACCAGGCUUUGUCACAGAUGCACCGUUAAAGAGGUUCCUCCUUCCACUCCAGCAGACGCAAUACGUGUAUUGGAAAGAGACUUUAAAGACGCUGAAAGAAAUGAAAAGACUGUGUCACAAGAGGAUCUAUUAUUCCUCCAAAAACUUGAGGAAGGCAUAGUACAAACGAAAAAGGGAAAUUAUGAAAUGCCAUUGCCGUUCAGGAAAAGACCACAAAUGCCAACUAACAGACAACUUGCUGAAAGCAGACUAAGUCAACUGAAACGCAAACUCAUGAAGGAUCAAAAAUACAAGGAGGAUUACAUGAAAUUCAUGAAUGAAAUGAUCAAAAGAGGUGAUGCAGAAGAAACUGACGAUAUUGGACCACCUGGUGAGACAUGGUAUAUACCUCACCACGGUGUUUAUCAUCCAAAGAAACCUGACAGGUUGCGCAUAGUUUUUGACUGUUCAGCUAAACACAAUGGUACCUGCCUUAAUGAUCAUUUACUAAAUGGCCCUGACAUGAUCAACAGUUUAACUGGUGUUUUGGUGCGCUUCAGACAGCAUAAAGUCGCUCUAAUGUGCGACAUUGAAAAAAUGUUCCACCAGUUUCAGGUUAAGGAAGAUGAUCGCAACUAUUUGCGCUUCUUAUGGUGGAAAGAUGGUGACGUUAACAGCCAGCCACAAGCAUACAGGAUGACAGUCCACCUUUUUGGCGCUGCUUCAUCCCCAGGGUGUGCGAACUAUGGACUCAAACAUCUGGCUAAGAAAAACAGAUCUGCAUAUCCUGUAGGCUCACAGUUCAUAACCAGGGACUUCUAUGUAGAUGACGGAGUCACCAGCGUACAAAAAACUGAGGAUGCUAUUCAACUAGUAAAGGAAGCACGUGAGCUAUGUGCAAAGGGUGGAUUAAGGCUGCAUAAGUUUGUAUCCAACAACACUGAUGUUUUAAACAGCAUCCCAACAUCAGAGCUGGCAACAGAUACAAAAACAAAGGACUUGACAUUCAAAGAGGCACAAACAGAAAGAGCCCUUGGCAUUUAUUGGAAUGUAGAGAAAGACUGCUUUACGUUCAACAUCAUGCUGAAGGACCAACCCCCAACCAGGCGGGGCAUCCUAUCAGCAGUUGCAGCAAUAUAUGAUCCCCUCGGAUUUUUAGCUCCUUAUGUGCUCAACGGCAAGGGAAUUCUCCAAGAAAUGUGCCGUCAAGGAACAGACUGGGACGACCCAAUACCAGACCACCUCAGGCCACGGUGGGAGUGCUGGAAAGGAGACCUGCAAAAUUUAAAGAACGUCCAGAUAAACAGAUGUUAUGCUCCUGCAGAAUUUGGAGAAGUGAUCAAAGGAGAAUUACAUCACUUUUCAGAUGCAAGCACCGCAGGAUACGGCCAAUGUACCUAUCUUAGACUCACAAACAAAAACAAAGAAGUUCAUUGUGCCUUUGUCAUGGGCAAAGCACGUGUCUCACCCACAAAGGUCACCACUAUACCCAGGUUGGAACUCACCGCAGCCACAGUAUCAGUCACAGUGAGCAAAAUGCUAAAGGAGGAGCUGCUCUACGAUGAUGUAGAAGAGUUCUUUUGGACAGAUUCAAAGGUCACUUUAGGAUACAUAAAUAAUGAGGCAAGGCGCUUCCACACGUUUGUUGCGAAUAGAGUGCAGAAAAUACGGAGCCACACUUCACCGCAACAAUGGUUUCAUGUACCUACUGAUGAAAAUCCCGCCGACAUGGCUUCCAGGGGCACUUCUGUAAAGGAACUGCUUUCAUCCAACUGGCUCACCGGCCCUCAGUUUCUGUGGAAAGGAGAAAUACAGCUUCCAACAAGAAAGACUAUCGAGCUCCCAGUAGGAGACCCAGAGGUGAGAAAGGUGCAGACCCUAAACACUCAAGCUGUAAAACAUGCAAAUUGGAGACAUAGUGAUGGACAAAGAUGA